CAUGCGUAUUGUGUAUUAGCGGCGUGGUUAGCGGAAGCUUAGUUGCGAAGCACAAGCACAAUAUUAUUAUUUACGACGUAUACUCAGUUGUUUAGUUUCUAAAAAUGCCAAAAUAUUACUGUGAUUAUUGUGACACGUACCUGACCCAUGAUUCGCCCAGCGUACGGAAGACUCACUGUCAGGGACGCAAGCACAAGGAUAACGUGAAAUAUUUCUAUCAAAAAUGGAUGGAGGAGCAGGCACAACAUUUAAUCGAUGCCACGACGGCGGCAUUCAAAGCUGGGAAGAUCGCAUCUAAUCCGUUUGCGGCGAACAAGGGAGCAGCGAUCCCUCCGCCACCGAAUCUUGGACCUCGUUCCGGACCACCUCAGGGUCCACCAGGUAUGAUGCCACCACCAGGGAUGCAUCCCGGAGCUCCAAUGGGACCUGGAGGACCGAUGAUGAUGGGACCACAUGGUCCAAUGCCACCGAUGAUGGGAAUGAGACCACCUAUGAUGGGCCCUAUGGGGCCAAUGGCUCCAAUGAUGGGUCCUAUGGGACCAAUGGGUCCGAUGAGGUCUUCGAUGAAUGGACCACCACCACCCAUGGGUGGUCCUCCACCGAUGAAGACAUAAUCAAGAGAAUUACUUUCACUACAUUGACGAAAGCAGGCUAUGUACAUAUAAAAGAAUGAGAUAUACAGAAGUACAGUGUUGAAAUCUGAAUUUUCAUUUUGCAAUUCAUGACAUUUUUGAACAUUGAAAUGCAGAAAGAACCACAGACUUUUCUAAGAAUUGAGGAACAUGUAACAUUUAUUCUAAUUUGUGCAGUUCAUGUAAUGUUUCAUUAAUCAAAGUAAUUUUGUAUUACAAAUAGUUACAAACAAUACAUGAGUGUGUGAUAAGAAUAAUGCGGUUGAUACAAAAAAGUCUUUGUUUUAUUUACAAAAGAAAUGUCAGCUUAUCCAUAAUAAACUCACAUUUUACAUUA